AUGUUACUAUGGCAUGAAGCAAUGGCACAUCGGGGAUCUACAGAGAUUGCUUCAGCACUACUAUUCUAUAUUACUAACAAGUAUAGUCGUCUCAAAGCAGGUGAAGAAAGAAAACUAGUUGUAUGGUCAGACAGGCUCAUCCAUGGCGGCAUUUUGUGCACAGACGGUGGUAGAACUUGGCACGCCACGCUAGAGCUUCGACCUUUAGAGCGCAAGAGGUUUGUGGAUUUUAAGCCUGGUAUUCCUACAUGGUACAAUGUCCCUUUAAGGUGCAACUUAAGCAAUUAUAAUCAAUUGCCAUUCAGGAUACAGACAACUUACUUACCUCAUUAUUGUGGAAGGUUCCAUGAUACUGAGGAUUUGGUGUGCUUUGAGAUUGCCUCGCGUAUCCGUAAAAAAUGA